AUGGGUAAUCGACUUGACCGAUUGGGCGGCUAUGAGUCGGAUGGUAGUUUGGAGCCGUCGAAUCAUAUCGUCGAGGACCUUUUGCAGCCGGGCACGAGUUCGCGUAAGCGGCAAUCAACUGAAACGACCGAGGCGAAUUCGUUGACGAAAAAAGUGAAAAAAUUGGAUACGACGAAAUAUGUAUACGAAAAACUGUUCCUACAGGGUGAAGGAUCUGACAUCACAAUUCACGCAUGUGGAAAAGUCUGGAAUCUUCACAAAUUUUAUCUGCAGCAGUGUAAAUAUUUUGAGGCGAUAUUGAACGGAAAUUGGAAAGAGUCAUCCAACAACUCGAUUCACAUUGAAAUCAAUGAUGAAAAAGUGACAGCUGAAGGAAUGCAUUCGGUUCUAGCCUCAUUAUACAACAACGAAAUCGAGAUUGAUUUGGAAAAAAUUGAGGGAACAUUAGCGGCGGCGAUUCUCAUCGGAUUGGAGAGUGUGGUGUCGAGAUGCGAGGAUGUAAUGGCCGAUAAUCUUUCGCAUACAAAUGUGCUUCGAUUUCAUGAUAUUGCCGAAAGAUAUGGAUUGUUGAAGGUCCAAAAAAUGGCAUUGUGCAGUCUGAAAAUCCUUUUUUGGAAGUUCAUGUCAAAUCGCAAAAUGCUCGCCGAUUUAAGCGAAUCUCUGCUAACGUCCCUCUUGUCAUCCUCCGAAUUACUGGUGGUAGAAGGCGAAAUUGAUCUAUACAAAAUGGUUCGAUGGUGGAUUUAUAUUCACGAAAGUCCCGAUGCCGUCUUGCUUGAUUGCGAUGAUGCGACGUUUGAGAAGAACGUCAUCAAUUUUCUAAGAGAGUCGCCUGAAAAUGUGCUGUUCGUCAAAUACUCGACAAUAUUUGCGUCGCUGCGAAUUCAUCAUUUUCUUACGCUCACUGGGAGUAUUAAGCGAAUCGAACAUGAUAAACUGAUUCCGACGCAAGUCAUCAAUUCGAUUUCGGUUUCGCAGUGGAGAUCGAUGCUCAGAAAUGAAGAAAAUCCCCUUUUAAUCAAUGAUCUGUCGGACGACGAUUUCAAUCUGAGCAGUUGGCGACUUGGAAGAAUUAUUGAAUCAUUUCCGAAAUGCUGGAGAUGGACUGGCUAUAACAAUGGUGUGGACAUUUUACUUCAUAUCACGAAUUAUUUAUUGACAAUGAGACGAAACUGCCUCAAUCAAUCAACACCAUACUCGAUCAAUUUGAAAUCGGAUAGAACAAUUCAUUAUAGAAUAAUCCUUAUGGAUGCGAAUGGCAAAUGCUUGUUCGAUAGUGAAAAGAAAUCAGUCAUCCUACGACCGGAUCAAAUUAUUACCGUAGCCCGUCUGCCGGACGAAAUGGCCCUUCCGAUAUCGGUGCACCUUCAGUAUUUGGCUGCCGAGCCACCGCAACCAUCAUUAAUUUUUGAUCUCGAACUUCUCGAUGCGGCAAGAAAGGUAAUUCCGCGGCCAAAUAAUCUGGAAAGAACGAGAAGUGAAGAUGACAAGACAAUUGAUCAGAAACCUCUUUUUCCGUCGCCAAAUCCGGAUGGCACGUUUCCGGAAACGAUCGAAGGUGACCAUGAAAUUACAAGCAGCGAUGAAAAACAACUUGGAAACGAGACCGAGACGUUGCGAAAAAGCAGGAAAGCCCCGUUUCAACGAGUCCAGCUAAAACGAAAACGAGACACACCGCCGAAAACCGACGAGGCCAAGACCAUCGCGGACGUCGAGAAUCCAUUCGAAGAAAUUGUAACUCGUCGGCCACCCAACGAUUAUUGGCAAAUGCAAAAAUUGCGCAAACAGCACCGGAAAAAGAAUCGAAGAAAGAGAAGAAAGCACAAGAAUGGGUUUCUCACAAGAGACGAUAUUAUUCGCACACAUGGAAAGCAGCAAGAGCCUUCAGUUCAGAUACGCGAUUUAACUCGCGAGAAAGCCGAAUUCGAUCACACCACUCGCAAUAUUGCACAGGAAACGUGGGAAAGGGAAAACAAGCAAGCCGAACUCGUACGCCAAGAAAUGGAAAACGGGCAAGCAACGAGUGCGCCAAUUGUUAAUCCCGUUGAAAAAAUCAUCGAGGAAGAGAAUGGUGGUCCGAUUCCAAUGAAAAUUCAGCGACUUCCCAACAAUCCUUACAAAACUGUUGAUAUUCGAAAACCAACAAUCAUUUCCCUUCCAGUCCCGCCAUUAUUUCAUUCGUGA